UUUGUAGUGACAAGCUAAAACCCCAAUAAAACCUUAUAUUCGUCGUCCGCGCUCAAGAUCUGUACUCACUGUCUCAUUUGCAUCGUCUACGAUGGCCGCUGUCGCCGCUAGGUCAUGCCUUCGUUCCGCGACCACAUCCACCCGAAGUGCGGCAGCCAGGUUCUUUGCUGGAGCCAAGCCCAAGGCCUCUACCUCUCCCUUUCGCCCCUCAUCUCAAGGCCCCCCUCGUGUUUUCAGGUCACCGGUGGAGAUGAGAAGUAUUAGCUCAGCGUCGAUGCUACCGUACCACGCUGCAACUGCUUCUGCACUGCUCACUUCCAUGUUAUCUGUUUCUCCUCGAAGCCACGCUUGGACCCCCGAAGGUGGUAUUCAUGUCCAUGGUUUGGACUUGUUCGUUGGUUCAAGGCUAUUGGCAUUUAUUAUAAAGGAUGUUGCUAAGAGGCAAGUCUAAUGAAUAAUGUUAUAUAACCCCAUUAGAGUUGUAAAUCCAAUCUGGCGCUAAAUGAUAGGGUAAAUGAAAGUUGAAAUUAAAUGAAUAAUUUAAUUGCACUUAUCAUUUAAUACUACAACAACGCCACCUAAAUUGGCGUUACAACCCUAGUAGGGCUAUAUAGCAUUACUCUAUCUUGAUAUGCUUAAAAAUUCAUGGUGGCUUUUUUGUUACUUAAAUUUGUAUUUUACAAUUGAAAAUUGGGAUAAUGUUUGCAUUUUCAUUUGGAAUACUGUUUGAUAAUAUUUGCAUUUUCGUUUA